GGACUGUCUGUGCCGCAGCUGCAGGAAGCCCAAGCUCGCCCCGCCUCCUCCCGCCCCGCGUGCGGCUCCGCGCUCGCCUCGCCCGCCCGGGCUGCCCAUUGUCUACGCGGCGGCUCCGGGAGGCGGGAGAGGCGGCGCGGGGAGCAGGGCAGGGCGUGCAGCCGGGGCGGCUGCCGCUGCUGCUCGUGGUGCGGGGCAGGGAGGCGGCGGGGGCGCGAUGCUGGGCAGCUCGGCAGCCGCUGAGAGGCUGAACCAGGAACUGGCCCGGCGGGGCAGCCGCCCCUGCUCCUGCUGCUGCUGAAGGGGGAGCCGCCGCGCCGGCUCCGGAGACGCGAACUUCGCGCCCCCGACCCCAUGGAGACGCUCAGCGCCGUGAAGGCCAAAGUGGGGCCGAAAAGCGCCGGCGGCUGCGAGGCGGCGGGGGCGGGCGAGCCCCAGCCCGCCCCUUCCUCCAGCCCCGCGGGCUUCGGCUCCCCGGCGCCGCCCGAGCCCCACGCCGGCAAGCUGGAGGAUUUGGAGACCCUGGCGACUGUGGGCACAGGUACUUUUGGGCGGGUUCAUCUGGUGAAAGAAAAAAUGGCUAAACGUUACUUUGCCCUGAAAGUAAUGAGCAUUCCGGAUGUCAUUCGGCUAAAACAAGAACAACAUGUACACAAUGAGAAGUCAGUCUUGAAAGAGGUCAAUCACCCAUUUCUGAUCAGAUUAUUUUGGACCUAUCAUGAUGAACGCUUUUUAUACAUGUUAAUGGAAUAUGUACCUGGAGGAGAACUUUUUAGUUAUCUGCGCAACAUGGGGCGUUUCAACAACAGCACAGGACUGUUUUACUCUGCAGAGAUUAUUUGUGCAAUAGAAUAUUUGCACUCCAAAGAAAUCGUUUACAGAGACUUAAAACCUGAAAAUAUAUUAUUAGAUAAAGAAGGGCAUAUCAAGCUUACAGAUUUUGGAUUUGCUAAAAAGCUGGUGGAUAGAACAUGGACGCUGUGUGGCACACCAGAAUACCUUGCGCCAGAAGUGAUACAGAGUAAAGGUCAUGGAAGAGCCGUGGACUGGUGGGCUCUAGGAAUUCUGAUAUUUGAGAUGCUGUCGGGGUUUCCUCCGUUUUUUGAUGACAACCCAUUUGGUAUAUAUCAGAAGAUUCUUGCUGGCAAAAUAGAUUUCCCCAGACAUUUGGAUUUGUAUGUGAAGGACCUUAUUAAGAAGCUUCUAGUGGUUGACAGGACAAGACGAUUGGGAAAUAUGAAGAAUGGAGCAGAUGAUGUGAAAAGGCAUCGGUGGUUCAGGUCUAUAGACUGGGAUGCUGUACCUCAAAGAAAACUAAAGCCUCCAAUAGUGCCGAAGGUAUCCAAUGAUGGAGAUACGUCUAAUUUUGAAGCUUAUCCUGAAGAUGACUGGAACAAAACCCCUCCUGUAGCCCCUAAAGAUCUAGAAAUUUUCCAGAACUUCUGAGGGGGGACAACCAAACUCGGCAAGUUUUAUGGUGGAAACUGGAAGAAGAUUGACAUGGUAUUCGCAGGUUUGCAAAGAAGAACUAAGUACAUACAUGAGGACAUUCUUUGGCAUAUAGGAGAGUGUUAUCACAUUCAUAUGUGCACAUUAGUAGAUAAAUAUUUAAACAAUUGGCAGGCAGGUGAGACUCAUUUUAACUGUAUAGAAAUGGCAUUAGUUUAGCAAAUUAUGAUACUGAAAGUCUACUCUGUAGUAGACUCAUGAAAAAUUCUAUGUUGUAGUUUUUUAACUUGUUUUAGUGUUAGUUUCCUGCUAUGCCCAGAUCCUUUUUGCAUAGUUAACUCAUAGUCUUAAUUUUAUAAGUUUAUACUAAACUUGUGUAAUUAAAAGCACAAAUUAGUAUAUAUGUAUAUAAUGAAUACAAUACAACUAAAGCACAGGAACUGUGCAAAGAUGUAAAUUUUUGUACUUUGCAGAGUCUAUGAUUUUUAUUUUUCAAAUAAUGUUUUUCAAGAAGUUCUCUGGGGGAAAAUCGUAAAAGGAUAAAUGAGUUUUUCAUCAUCUUAUAUGCAUUUUAUAAUUCUUUGUAAAAAAUAAAAAUAAUUAAGUUUAAAAAGAUUUGUACCUAAAAUUUCCAGUGCUUCACAUUUGCAACCAUAAUACUUGAAAGCAGAAGGAAAAAGGACAUGUUUUGUUGUUCAUUUCAAAAACAUAUUAACUUCAUAAGUGACUUUGGUUAAAACAAUGCAUUGUGUUUUUACAUGACAUGAUAUUUGAUGACUACACGCUGUGUAUAGUGGGUUUCCCUUAUAUGUGAAAUCACUGUAGGGCAAAUAAAGCAGUGCAUGCUGCUCAUGAGGGGCGGGAGGUAGAUCGAUUGUUCCUCUCACUGUGUUUCUACUUUAUCCAAUUUCUGAUAUUUAAGUAGGAGAAUGAGUUACUCAAAGAAAAUAUGAAAAAUGUGUAAUCUAAAAGAUGUGAACAGUAGUAUAAACAGUGUGAACGUGUUAGUGAAGAGUACACAAUCCUCCCUAACAAAAAAAUCUAGAUUUUAAAAAACCAACCAAAAACUACUAAACGUUGUUGUUUGGUUAUGCUGCAAAAUAUGGAAUUAUCUUUGAAUAUUUUUCCUAAAAAUCAUGGAAUUACUUAACUUUGUGGAAAUGAUCUGUACAAUAGCUCCAUUUUUUUUUAAACUUCCUGGCUCUCCGUAGCAGCUCUAUUUUCCCCAAGUUGAGUACAAGCAGUGUCGUCAUACUUUGAUCAUAGUUGAAAUUAUUUUUGUUAUUGACCUAAGUAGGAGCUGUUGGGUGCUCAGUACUUUUGAAAAUCAGACAGGUGCCUAAAUAUGGGUUUAGAUGCCUAGCUUUGUGCUCCUAUAUUUGAAAAUCCAGGGCUAAACUUAUGCGGGUCUUGUUUUAUAAGUCCUCACCAUUAGGACUUUAAACAUGUGCAGGAUUGGACUUCAGGUUUAAACCUAAUCUGUUUUUUAUCUACUCUGAUCAGUUUUCUAGGUGGACCACAUCCGUUUAUAAGUGGAGCGCACUGUAUUUAAGGAAUAUUUGCAAUAAUGCUUCAUUUUAAGUAAUACCAAAUACUAGCAGGUGAUGUGUGUAUACACAUACAUGCAGAGGUAGAUUUAGAUAUAAUUUAAGAAUAUUUGAUUUCAUGUUUCACACUGUGAUAAUUGCGCUAACAUAAGGAAUUGAUUUUGAAGUAUCAGGGUUUAAAAACAAAACAAAAAAUACAUGCUUCCAAUGAUUGUGUUGUAGAUAAAUUUGUAGUUAGGCCAAAAGUAUUUUUUUAAAAGGCACAUUUGUGCCCUGGAGUCUUACUACUUAUACUGAUAGCUCUAAGUAGAGUUUAAGAAUACCAAAACAGAUGAUGUGGACACUUCUCCACAGAUCUCUGCACCUCAGUCAUAACCUGCAGUGCCCUAGGUAUUGUUGAAAUCUAAGCCUAAGUUGGGUAAUUGUUCUGAACUGCAUGCUGAAUGCAAUAUAGUACAGUAUGUGGUAUUCAAAUGGUCACUUGGCUCAUAACCCAAGUUAGUAAAAUAAUUCUGCUUCUGACUUCAGUCAGAUUUCAGCCAGGAGUCUCUAGCAGUAAAAAGCUGCUGACAUCUGUACCCACCUAGUUCUCAUCAGUUCACAAGUGCAGUGAGCUGACAGAUAUAAUUAAUCAUACGUCAAACUCCCAUUUUUGCUUUAUAUUGAAAAAUUAAUGGGAUAUAUCCCUGGACCUAUAUACCGGAGUGUGACUGAUUACAUAAGUGUCUUGCAGAAAUGCAGACAGUGUUUAUCUGGUAGUAAACUGAGACACCGAAGGGGAAAUUCUGUGUUGCUAUUGAUAUCUUGAUAACUUUAUGCAAGUGCCACAUAUCACUGAUUAUUAAUAGGCCCCACGUGCCACUCCCAUUAAAUACUGUGUAGAAAUUGGUAAUAAAUAAAAAGAUACAGAACUGGCAUAAGGAACAGUCAUUUUACUUGGUAAAAAUAUAUCAAUCUCUGUAAAAUGUUUGGUCUGGCAUGUAUUUAUAUGCAGUGAGAUAGCUUUCUCUUGCUGAUUUGAUAGAAUAAUUAAGUACACAGAGCUUGUAUUUUCAAAAGAGUACAGUUCUUUCUAAUGUGUAAGCUUACAGUAUUCCAUGGAGAACUAUAAAACCCAUUUCUUAUUACAAAAUGUACAUAUUGCAAUGAAUGUGCUGAAUUUCAAGAACUAGGUUUGCAGAUUUAAAAACUGAACUGCCUAAGACCUCAUUUACAUCUUCAAAGCCAGAGGAGGGGAAUAACAUUACAUUUGAACACACGUAUCACAUUGGAGGUAAUUGAUCUUGAACGUUUUCACACCAGGAGUUAGAUUUUUGUCCGUGAAAUUUAUCCAUUGUUGGCAAUGGAUGCACUGAAACUCUUUGUGCCAGAGAGUAAAGAAAUCUAAUCAGGCAGGUAAAUUAAGUUGAUAGAUUGACUUUACAUUCUUUCUGGAACUGUGUGUACAUGUAUAGCUCAACUGCUGAUCUCUAAUUAUUACAGACUAAUAAUCUCUUUAUGUGCUUUCUAGUAUAAAACUUAUUUCACAUUUUGGUAACUUAUAAUUAUUAACUAUAGACCACUUUCAGAACAUUAUUUAAAUGAAAACGGUUUUGUAAUUAUGAGCAGUUUUUUCCUGUACAAUAUAGAAUUUAAGAGGCACCAUUGCCUACCCAUUUUAUUUAUUUGCAUAGCUGGGUCAGUUUCAUUUUACCUCUUUGCUCAUUGGGAUUUCACACCACACUGUUGCAAAUAUAUAUCAGUGCUUAACCAGAAGUUCUCAGACAGACGCUGCAUGAAUGACUCUGAUUUUUUCAGUAAUUUAAAACAUUUUUUUUCAUUUUUUUUAUUUGACUCAAGUGUUAUUCUCUAAAGUUCUUUUUAUAAUGGUUGGUUUUGUUAACAAGUAUUUUGCAUAUAAACUAGUGCUGUUUCCCACAACAGUCUAUAAGACCUUUCUAUUUCUUCAGCUUCAGUGAACAAGAACGUUAAAAAAGAAACGUUAAAAUUAUCUUUAUUUUUGUGUUUAUAUAUUUGUUUUUAAACUGCCCAAUAUGAGCUUUUAAGUGAAUGAACUUGCAUUGUAAACUAAAUUGCCUUGUAACCAAAUGAUUAAAAUGCUUCAUGAUUUAGAUGGAGAACAUGCUGUAGAUUUUCCUGUAAAUUAGCUUAAUUGAUGAAUACUUGUGCUACUGAGCUUUAACUAAUGUGAUCUUCCACUGUAGAAAAGUCAUUGUUAAUUGAUCAAAAUAUAGGUACUAAACUAUGUUUAAAUGGAUGAACAGGGAUUUUGUGGAUUUUGAAAGCAAUUAAAAUAUGCCUACUAUUCAGCCCAUCUGCUUGCCAUUCAGAAGACUUGUGAUGCAGUGCUUCCUCUGCUAUACAAUUAUUUUUCAGCUUUCAAGAACUGUAGCAUGAUUCCUUUUGUACUGUACUGUGUACAGACUUUUCCAUGUAUUGCACUUUUCUAUGGCAAACCUAACUGCUUGAUAAAUACUUGCAUAGUAAGUAGUGGUAGUUGCAGCAGCAUCCGUGUACUACUUAACCAAUUUGAACUGCUAGACUGCCAAGGUUAACUUAGACAAAUCUUAUAUGUUGUUGGUUGCUUGUCCUAAAUCCAAUGUAUAAGUACUGUUCAAAGUCAUAAGUCAGCCCUCAUUGCACAAUUAAAAUCACUGUGAUCUGUACAUAAACUUUAGUAAAAUUUUACUGCUGUUUAAUUUAUGUAAUAUCUGUCAAUUCUGGAUUUGUUUAAUAAACCUUUCUAUCUUUGUAAGUGUCUAAAA